GCAUGCGCAGUGUGGGGCAGGGCGGAGCUGACUGGGCGGGCGGAAAGCGGCGGGUGGGGGCAAGGGGCGGUGCUGACCUCCCGCCCCGCGGCCCGGUCAUGGCAGCUUGCGCCUUCCGGAGGAGCAUCGCCACCCAGCUUUCGAAGGUUUUGGAUCUGGCGCCAGAAAAUUUAAUAAAGUCCAUAUCUGCAGUUCCUGUCUCCAAAAAACGGCGUGUUGCUGAUUUCCAGCUUUCCAUUGCUUCUGUUCUAGAAGACCAUUCUAGUGAUUGCUUGGUGCAAGAUCUUGAGCUUCAAGCUCAGAAGCUAGCUGAGAAGCUAAAAUGUGACGCUGUAGUGAGUGAAAUCAGCACCGGUCCAGGAACAGUGAACUUCACGAUAAACAGGGAAUUACUGGCAAAGACUGUGCUGCAGCAGGUGUUGAAAGAUGGCUCAGAAUAUGGAAUAAAAAGUGAACUUUUCUCCAUGGUGCCUAGGCAAAAGGUAGUGAUUGAGUUCAGCUCCCCUAACAUUGCCAAAAAGUUUCACAUAGGACAUUUGCGUUCCACAAUAAUAGGGAAUUUCAUAGCAAAUCUCAAAGUUGCACUGGGACAUGAAGUAACAAGAAUAAAUUACCUUGGUGACUGGGGCAUGCAGUUUGGUUUACUGGGUGUUGGUUUCCAACAGUUUGGCGAUAAAGAAAAGCUAAAAUCCAGUCCUUUACAACACCUUUUUGAGGUGUAUGUGCAGAUUAACAAAGCAGCAGAAGAUGAAAAUAUAAAAAAGCUGGCUGCAGAUUUCUUUAGAAAACUGGAGGAACAUGAUGAACAGACGUUGUCACUUUGGAAACAAUUUAGAGGCUUCAGCAUUGAAGAAUACAUCCGAAUUUAUAAGCGUCUAGGAGUCCACUUUGAUGAGUAUUCUGGUGAAUCAUUUUAUCAAGAGAAAUCCCAGGAAGUUCUAAGGAUGUUGGAGGAUAAAGGACUCCUUCAGAAAACAAAAAAAGGGACAGGAGUUGUGGAUCUUUCAGAAAAGAAAGACCUCUCGUUGUAUUCCACAGUCAUGCGUAGUGAUGGGACAUCUCUUUAUAUAACAAGAGAUGUUGCUGCUGCUAUAGACCGAAUGAAGAAGCAUAGCUGUGAUACUAUGAUUUAUGUGACAGAUAAAAGUCAAAGUAGUCACUUCCAACAUUUGUUCCAAAUACUGAAGCUCAUGGGCUACGACUGGGCAGAAAGGUGCCAGCAUGUGUCUUUUGGGCUAGUUCAAGGGAUGAAGACGCGGAGAGGAGAAGUUGUUUUCCUGGAAGAUGUUUUAGAUGAAGUUCGUUCGAGGAUGUUACAAAACAUGGCUUCUGCAAAAACAACCAAAGAGGUAGAAGACCCUUUGGAGACAGCAGAGAAGGUUGGUCUUGCGGCACUAAUAAUUCACGACUUCCGAGGCCUUCUGUCAUCUGAUUAUCAGUUUAGCUGGGAUCGAGCUCUUCAAAGUCGUGGAGAUACAGGCGUAUUCUUGCAGUACACCCAUGCCAGACUCCACAGUUUAGAACAGAUGCAUGGGAACGAGCAGCUAACUGACGUUAACGCAUCAUGUUUGCAAGAGCCAGAUGCCAUCUCUGUUCUUCAGCAUCUUCUCAGGUAUGAUGAGGUCCUGUAUAGAUCUUCUCAGGAUCUGCAACCCAAGCACAUAGUCAGCUACCUCCUCACACUUUGCCAUCUUGCAGCUGUGGCACACAAAACCCUUCCCGUGAAAGGCAGCGCACCUGAACUCGCCCAGGCGAGGCUCUGUCUCUUUCGAGCUGCACGCUCCGUUCUAGCCAGCGGGAUGAAACUUCUUGGCAUUACCCCCGUAACGCGGAUGUAACAGCUGUAUGCGAUGUCAGAUCUCCCAGUAAAAAGUUAUAGGAUGCCUCUAAAAGACCAAAUCAUGGAUGCCUGUGAAAGCAGAGGAUCAUCAGGUACCUUACGGAACACAACAUGCACAGCGCUCCUGGAGAAGACUAAUUUAAAAACAGAAACAUUCAAAGGAGGCACAAGUGGUUGCCUUGGUGUACAAUCUGCUAACAAGGAUGAAAACCUACACCUACAGUCAAAUCAGGUGGCAAAAAGGCACUUACUUAACUGGAGGCCAAAGAGAUUGACUGAUGCCACAGUAGACAGAACAAUGGCUGCUGCUGCAGAAAAGCCUUUCAUAAUGUUAUCCGUGUACUUCACAACAACAGACGUGUAGAGGCCGCCUACGCUGGCGAGAACUGGAAAGCAGACAGCACACGUCUGUUAGUAAGGUGCAGUAGGUUACUCUUCAGAGCCAUGCAUUUUACCCCACUCCUUGUUUGGGCUGCAUCAUCCUAAGUGGUGAUUUAACACAACACGUAUCAAAGUGGCACAUCUAUAAUGGCAUCUAGUAGAUCAGCUACGACUCAUUUAAAGAUGCUCUACUCGCUGCUCAGUUAUUUGGACUACUCUUUCAGCACAAUUUUAAGUUGAAUAAACUAAUAAUUUUCAAGAAAACAAUAUUAAAAAAAAAAAAAACACAGUAAGAAACAGUGGGUCAGACUGUAUUUGUAGGUUCACGCAGCCAGUUACACCAAAAGUUAAAAAAAAAAAAAAAGCAAAACAACGUAACAUGACCAUAAAAUGACCAUAAAACCAUGAGAUACUUACAGAUGACAAACCAGACGUAGUGUGUAUAGCCGUAGAAAAACCCUUUCUCAAGAACCUGGGCUCCAUCUGACAUGUACACACCAAAUAAAGUCACCGCAAUCCCCGAUAAGUACAUCUGAAUGUUCCUCACCCACAAGGAUGUAUCUGAACUCUUUAAUACCUUCUCAAAAUAAACUCCUAAAAAAGAAAAAUGUUUUUUAAUAAGAUGAACAAGGCAUCAGCCUUAGUGAUUCACAGUUCGCGGUGUUUUAAAACCAGACAAGACUACUGGAAUCCUUUCGUCUUACAGAACUGUACAUUUCACAUACAUGUCCUGCUAAUGUACACCUGGGGCAGGAUCAUUUUAAGGUAUACAUAACAUCAAAAAUAGAUUCCAUUUCUCUUUACAGUCGUUUCAGUAGUUGAUGAGCUUCAUUGUUAAACUACUCCUCUUUUCUGUUUAGGUUUCCCAGAAUUCUGAUACCAACACGGUUUCUCCUGUGCAAUUUACACCAGAAAAAAAAGCACUGCACCUUGGCACCUGGUAUUUUAUCCCCAGGACACUAUUUAUGCAUUUCAGUAUGGUGUAGAAUGAUUUGUUCCUCCAUCAGGAUAUUUAGCAGUGGAAAAAAAAAAGCACACGAAGAAAACAAAACAAAACAAGUAACAGCAACAAAAUGCAGCCUUCCACAAAAGGGGAACUUUGUUACCUCAGUACAGGGACUGAGAACUCCUUUGGAAACCUUGAGUUCAGAGCGCAGACGAGUUCUGAAAUCACAGCUUCAAAGAUUACAAAAGUGAACCAAAACCUAUGCUUUCCGCUAAUUGAAACUGCAAACUGUUUUUGAGGAAAAGGAAUUCAUGCUAAUCUAAAGCUCUUUUCCACGGUGCCACACUGACCAGAGUGUUUUACCCUUACAUCCUGCAUUACUGAAAUUCCACAUCUACUUUUUCGUGACUCAGGACGGGUAUGUCAAACUCAACGGCCUCCAUUUGACAAAGGCCAUCACUGGCUGCCUCUAACUACUGCUCCCAGGGCUCUGCUCCUCUCUGGAAUUUCCUCUGCAGUUCAAAACACGGACAUUUCACAGGAUUCGGACAUCUUCUCAGCCAUUUGUGUGAGAAGAGUUGUGUGACCACACUUCCUGGUGUGAGGCCUACUGAUUAAAUGUUUAUUGCUCAUUAACAUUGCCCAAGAUCCUUCAUUAGAUAAGGGAAAAGUACACCAAGUGACAAAGCACAGCGAAAAGACCUGUGGGUUAGACGCGUUAGACAUCCAUUCUUCCUCCUGAAAUGAUUGGGUUCACUCUUUUACUCAUGAAAAAUGCAAUUUAUAAUUUAUAAUACAGUACAGUGAGUACGCAUGGUGAAUCAAUUACCUAGUGAAAACACUUAUAUUUCAGGUGUUUAAAUUACAAAAGCAAACAAGGGAAUACAAUACUGUUUUAUAUGAAAAUUAUUUUCAAAGUUUAAUCAACAAUAUAAACGAAAAACUAGUCUUGUUAAUGACUGUAGCGCUUAAAGGAACCCACAGCAGUCUAUCUCGAGCUCUGUGCCUGCUGAGAAGACCCACAGAGCACAAGCAGAUAUAAUCAAUUUACCAGAAACUUGGCUGAGCGUGACCCAUAUUUAUAAACUAUUUAUAAGCUAAGAAAACAGUAAGUAGGCCAAUGACAUGAUGCUGUCAGUUCUGAAAAUGCAUAAAAAUCACUGUGCUAGGCAAGAUGUAGGAAAGAAUGUGUACUGUUUAGGAGAAAUUAUUCUUUAGUAAUGUUUCAAGUCACAAGGGCUCUGUCAUUAGGUAUUUGUCUAAAACACUUUUGUAACAUUGUUGUGCCCCCAAACUUCAGCAAAUCAUCACACGAUAAGGAGUUUGAAGAAAGCUUUUUUCCAUCUCCGAGGGAUAAAACCACGUAACUUUUUGGACUUUGCUGAAUAAUAUAAAACAUUUCAUACGGUCAGUCCAGAAAUUGAAGGUUUAAUGCCAAGAAUAACUUAUUCAUAUUGUGGGUGGGGGAAGGAAAUAGAAAGAGGAAAGGAGUCUGAAUAGGACUUAUGUUUUCAACAUGUAAAGACCCAAGGGCACAAGGAGCUGCGUGGAUGAAGUCCUCUGUCUUCCCAGGCGCCUCAAAGCUGGGGCUGUCAGUGAGGAAUCACUGGGAGGAAACACCCCAGCUGCAAUCCUUUUGCUGGAGAAGAAAGCAAUUUGGGUCUCUGAAGCCUCUAGAGCAACCCUCGCCAGCCCUUUAAAAGGUCAGAAUUUACAAGGGCAGAGCUAUCCACCCACACCAUGAGAGCAUUAUGAGGCUCCAACGGCUUCACUGUACGCUGUACGUUGCCGCACGGCUUGGGAGCAUCUAUGGACAUUAGUAAGUUUUGAACCUUCCAGGGAAAGUUGCUUGAGAUCUACGAAGUCUUAUUUACUGUUUCUAAUUCAAAAUGCCCAUUUCAGUGAAAAGACACCAAACAAGAACCUAACCUUCCUCCUUUUCCCACCUGCUAGUUAGAAUGGUUUCCACGAGUAACAAGCAUGUAUGCACAGCACAAGAUGAUUCGUGCAUGACUGUACAGCACCAGAGAUGGGCUAUGACAUCUUUUUCUGACAGAGGGAGAGGGAAGAAUCCAGUUUACAGAGAGGAAAAUAUGCCCCUGUGAGCCGAAUUCCAAAUAAAGUAGUAAUUGCAUUUCCUUAUUUCUUAGCACCCGCUCAUUUGUCUUCCAAUCCUGGUCUCCUCCUACAGGAGCCAGAGAAAAACUACUCUUGAGAGGAAAUGCUGCUUGAAACUAAUGUAACAUAACAAAAGCAUCACGCAGCUUAUCCAGGCUUCCUGCUACUCAGCUUGCUCUCUCCCAUACUCCCCCUGCAUCUCCGUUAGAUUUACCGGCUAUGGCAGUGCAUAUUUUGGGGCUGAGCUGCCACAAGAAUUAAGUGAGAAGCUCAGUUCCCCUUUAAA